AUGGACAUGGAGCAGGACCACAUCAGCCUUCUCCCGGACUGCGUGUUGGGCAGCAUCGUGUCUCUCCUCCCCGUCAAGAACGCGGCCGCUACCAUGGCGCUCUCCCGCCGCUGGCGGCCUCUCUGGCCUUCGCUGCCGCUCGAGCUCGACGUCGGCGAUCACUCCCCUGGCGGUGGGCGGCUAAUCUCGGGUGCCCUCUCCUCCCACAGCGCCGUUCGGAUCCGCCGCUUCCACGUGGACACCCUCAAAGACGAAACGACCCUCCCGUGGCUGCAUGCCCUAGAAGGUAGGCGCGUCGAUGGCAGCCUCGUCAUCAGGUUCGCUCGCGACGGCCCCCGGCCAAUGCUUCCCGCGAACCUCCUGCGCGCCAGCACGGGCGCCGGCCCGGGCACCGCGCUCCGCCAUCUUGAGCUUCGCUGGUGCAAGCUCCACCCCCGCACGACCGACGGACCAUGCACCUUCCCUAGCUUGGUCGUCCUGCACCUGUCCUCCGUGGUGAUCGGCGACGCGGGGCUGCACCGCCUGAUCGCCGGCUGCCCGGCGCUGCGGGAGCUGCACCUCAUCCGGGUUCAUGAGCUCCGUCGCUUCGCCCCCCGCUCUGGCACCCUCCUCCGGGUCACCAUCGGGUCGCCGCACGUCCCCAUCCGGGAGAUCUCCUUCAGGGGCACGCCCAAUCUCCAAAGCCUCCAGCUCUGGCAUGCCGAUAUUUGGCAGCUCUAUCCUGCCAUCAUCAACCAAGCUGCCAUGCCCUGUAAAUCCCGGACGUCGGUUGGCAUUGCACUUGACACGCUGGACUCGCCGUGCUUCAGGAUUAUGCCUAAGAGGUCGAUCCCCAUCGUAACAACACUGAAACUCUCCAUGAAGUUUAGCGAUAUCGAGGAGCUGGGGAAGGUGGUACACAUGUUAAAUUUAUUCCCGUCUUUGCAGACUCUUGAGAUUUGGCGCUACAACUUCUUCUGCUCAAAUAAGGAUAAAAAGGCGCAUGCACAGAGGCGGUUACCAGCAGCUAAUACAGUUAUCUGCCUCAAAAAGCAUCUAAAAUAUGUGAUACUUGAAGGGUAUUGUGGGACCGAAACAGAGGUAGAGUUUGCCAGGUUCAUUCUGGCAGGAGCAAAAUCUCUCAACAACAUGCAGAUAUUUUAUCAUGCUGCAGCUAACUGGAGCGACCACGAUGUCAACAAUGAAAAAGACCUGAUAUGCAGAGGUGGUAAAGCCUCUUCGAAAGCUCGAGUAAACUUUAGCAAGAGCAACAACAGUGAUGUUUUUCUAAAGAAAAGCUUAUAG